AUAUACUUCCUGGUUACGCCUACUAUUACAGAAAAACGGCGUGACUUUGAAACGUGAGCUGAGUGACCUGGGCCAGUUUGCCAAGCUUGUUUGGUAGAUUUCCGUUUUCUUUUCUCAGGUAAAAUGAUGCUGAUAUCGAACCGCGUGAAACUAUGCUCUCUGGCGUACACUGUCACGAGAAUGUGCAGCAAUGGCCCGGCAGCUGCCAACAACAACCCGACGGUAUAUUUCGACAUUUCAGCCGAUAACGAGCCUCUCGGUCGGGUAACCUUCGAGCUGAACGCUGAAGUGGUGCCAAAAACCGCAGAAAACUUCCGGGCCCUGUGUACGGGGGAGCACGGUUUUGGCUACAAGGGCUCCACCUUCCAUCGGGUCAUCCCUCAGUUUAUGUGCCAGGGUGGCGAUUUCACAAACCACAAUGGAACCGGCGGCAAGUCCAUUUACGGAUGGAAGUUUCCAGAUGAAAACUUCAAGCUGAAGCACACCGGACCUGGCAUCUUGUCUAUGGCCAAUGCAGGACCAGACACCAAUGGAUCGCAGUUCUUUAUCUGCACCGACAAGACCGACUGGCUGGACGGCCGACACGUGGUAUUCGGCAGCGUCAAGGAGGGACUGGACGUGGUGAAGAAGGUGGAGUCUUUGGGCUCGCGCUCGGGACGCACGAGCAAGAAGAUCACCAUCAGCGACUGCGGCCAGCUCACCUAGUCGUCAGUGGCUUCACUUGAAUGUCUCGCCAAGAAAUGUGAACUUGAGCCAUUAUGUUCUUCAAACAUUGUCUUUUUAAAAAUGC